AUGCUUUCAGCAUUUACAGCUCGGCCGAUCAUCGAGCUAAAGCCGGGAGUAAAGUCCAAGAUCGAGACAAUCCUCGCGCAUGGCGAUCGUGUCUUCGUGGGCCUCAACAAUGGCGUCCUUCGUAUUUACCGAGUAAAUGAGCUACCGCCUCCGUCACCGACCAAGGCCAAUGGCUCUCAGCCGACCGCAACGAGCCCACCGAAAGCGAUCGAUGGCGAUGAGCCACCUAAACAGAUCGAGAAGCCUACAGAUCUGCUACGCGAAAUCGAAAAGUUCUCAAACAGGGCCAUCGAGCAGCUUGCCAUCAUCAAAGAAGCCAAUACGCUUGUAUCAUUGUCCAACUACUACGUGUCACUGCAUGACCUUGGGACCUACGAACCUCUCGAGAUGUUAUCACGAACAAAGAAUGCCACCUGUUUCGCCGUAACAUCAAACAUUGUUAAGGACGCAUCCACUGGGAUACCCGAGAUCAUUAGCCGCUUGGCGGUGGCAGUCCGUCGCCGCCUGUUACUAUGGAGCUGGCACGCAAGCGAGUUGGGUACCGAUGUGGAAGAAGUCACACUGCCGGAAUCGAUACGAACUGUGACAUGGGCCAGCGCGACAAAGAUUGUCUGUGGAAUGAACGCCGGAUACGUAAUGGUCGAUGUGAUUACCCAUGAAGUCGAGGAUAUCAAUAGCCCCAGCUCGGUGGCAUCAGGCGGACAAGUCAGUCGCUUCGGAGCUGUAAGCAGUGCGGGCAUGGGCUACAUGGGUCUUGGAGGGUACAUGCCCAAACCGCUUGCCACAAAACUGGCCGAAGGGGAGCUGCUGCUUGCCAAGGACGUCAACUCCAUGUUCAUCACUGAUGAAGGCAAACCGAUUGAAAGACGACAGAUUCCAUGGCAGUCCGCCCCCGAACAGAUCGGAUACUCGUAUCCUUACAUCUUGGCAUUGCAAGCUCCAUCCAAGGGCUCCCUUGAAGUGAGGAACCCAGAGACUCUGCAUCUGCUACAGACCAUCUCGCUCCCUGGCGCGGCGCAACUGCAUUUCCUGCCCCCCAACCUCAGUCUCGCUCAUGCGGGCAAGGGAUUCCAUAUCUCUAGCGAUCGAUGCGUGUGGAAGAUGGGCUCCACAGAUUAUGACUCGCAGAUCGACGAGCUUGUGGAAAAGGGCAAGUACGACGAGGCCGUCAGCAUUCUGAACAUGCUGGAGGACGCUCUGCUCCAGAACAAGAAAGAAACUCUUCGAGAAGUCAAGAUGCUGAAAGCUGAAGCCCUUUUCAAGCAAAAAAAGUACUACGAUUCCAUGGAUCUUUUCAACGAAGAUGACGUUCACGCGCCGCCUGAGCGAGUAUUAAAGCUUUUCCCCCCUUCCAUCGCUGGAGAGAUGUCGGGUUGGGCGCACGGUGUACAGCCAGAAGAAUCAGGCAGUGAUGGAAAGGAAGACGAGGGAGAGUCUCAGGAGAAGACAAACGGCGAAAGGUCUGUUAAAGAAGAUACAGAUGCAAACCCCACAUCACCUGCUAAAGGGGGUGUUGGCUUCGCCAAGCUGUUCAUGGGACACCGGAAGCCAGCGCAACCAGACACUGCCUCGAUCACAUCUAAGAAGGACCCGGUAGAUGUUGAGGAAGCCAGCAGUCACAGAAACAAGCCUGCAGAGAAUCAGCCUCUUGAAGGGGACGACCUUCGAGACGCCGUUAGGUCUCUAGCCGGAUACCUCGUUGGAACGAGGACCCGCCUGCAACGGAUCAUUGAUCCAAGUACUGGCAAGCUGAAGAGAUCGGACACGAACGGAUCUACUGAAGAGGCGAUGAAAAGUUUCAUGUCGGGGUCGCAUCUUGACGAGUCGAGUAGCCAACUUGAGGGAGAGAUCCUAAGGACUUCAAGAAUCGUCGACACGGCUUUGUUCCGGAGUUAUAUGAUGACCAGCCCUUCCCUGGCCAGUCCGCUAUUUCGCCUCCCCAACUUCUGCGAUCCAGAUGUGGUGAAUGAGGCGCUACUCGCUCACAGUCGAUACAACGAGUUGGUAGACUUCUUCAGUGGCAAGAAGCUACACUCCCAGGCACUGGAGCUUCUGAAGCGCUUUGGAACUGCUCAGGAACCUGACGAAGCUGCGCCAGGUCUUCACGGUCCUCAACGAACUGUGACCUAUUUGCAGGCCUUACCACCAUCCGAGAUCGAUCUCAUUUUGCAGUACUCCGAAUGGGUAUUGAGAGCAGACCCCAAACUAGCUAUGGAGAUCUUCAUUGCCGACUCCGAAAACGCAGAGACCUUGCCUCGUGGUCGGGUUGCGCGCUUCCUCGGGGGGAUUGAUCUCAGCUUGGAGGUCCAGUAUCUGGAGCAUAUCAUCAGUGAGCUCGACGAAUCGACUCCAGAAUUCCACGAUCGUCUGGUUGGGCUUUUCAUCAAACAAUUGAAAGACAAAAAGCGGGAUGACGAAUGGGACGCAGAAAUGGGCCGCUUCGUGCAGUUCCUUCAAACCAGCAGCCAGUACGGCCUGACCAAGGCAUUUAGCCUUAUCCCGCGCGACGAUCCCGCGUUUUACGAGGCUCAGGCUAUUGUUCUAAGUAGCGUGGGGUCGCAUAAGCAGGCUCUGGAGAUAUACGUCUUCAAGAUGAAGAAUUAUGCUAAAGCAGAAGAAUAUUGCAACCAAGUGCAUAAGUCUAAGGACUCUAGACCUUCAUCUCCGGAUCAGUCGCGGCGACCGUCAUCGUCUGGUGACGCUGAGGACCCAUCCCCGUCCAUUUACCACACGCUUCUUUCAUUGUACCUCACACCGCCUCCACCUCACAAACCAGCCAACGAGCCGGCUCUCGAACUACUCUCAAGGCACGGGUCGCGUCUACCGGCAGCUUCGACGCUGUCCCUAAUCCCCGACGACCUCCCUGUCCGCGAUCUUGAGUCAUACUUCCGCGGUAGGAUCCGGUCUGCCAACAGUGUCGUCAACGAGUCGCGCAUCGUGGCUCGGCUGCGAGACACGGAGUUGGUGUCUACACAAGCCCUGCUUCUGCUUGGUGACAAUACCCCUGGAGGUCAGGGUGGACGCAACAGAAGGGUAGUCAUUACGGAGGAGCGCCUCUGCGGGGUAUGCCACAAGAGACUCGGGGGCAGCGUGGUGUCGGUUCUGCCGGAUAACAACGUCGUCCACUACGCCUGUCUCAACAAGGCAUCGUCGCAGAGGCCGCAGAGCUCACGGGCGGGGACUUGGGCCCGAAGGUUUUCGUGA